GACAGUAAAGAUCAAACUAUGAAGACAAUUAAUCUUUUAUUAUUUCACCAAUCUUAAUUUACUAUAAGAAAAUAUCUGAUCUAAAUUCAAUACUAGCUCUAGAAAUAGAAAAACAGAACAAUAUAUAUUUAUUAGUGACAAAGUUAUAUCAAUAGACAAUAGGUAUCUUCGUACUUAGUUCGCGAAAACAUGCCUACUGACAUUUGACAGUAAAUAUCAAACUAAAAAGCUAAUUAUUUUUUCAAUAUUCUACCAAUCUAAGUUUACAAUAAGAUAUGUCUAAUCCAAAUUCAACGCCGCCUCUUGGAACUGCAAAUACAGAAGAAGAUGAACUUACUCUACCUAGAGCUAGUAUUAACAAAAUGAUAAAAGAACUAGUACCUUCUGUCAGAAUAGCAAACGAAGCUAGAGAAUUGAUCUUAAAUUGUUGCACUGAAUUCAUACAUUUACUUAGUUCGGAAGCAAAUGAAAUUUGUAACCAAUUACAUAAAAAAACGAUAAAUGCAGAACACGUUCUUAUGGCCUUGAAUAGACUCGGUUUCUCUGAUUACACAGCAGAGGCAGAAGCAGUUUUAAAAGAUUGUAAAGCAGUAGCAGCUAAACGUAGACGUCAAAGUACUAGAUUAGAAAACUUAGGUAUUCCAGAAGAGGAAUUAUUGAGACAACAACAAGAAUUAUUCGCCAAAGCUAGACAAGAACAAGCUCAAGCUGAUCAACAACAAUGGGAACAAUUACAAGCUGCAGCUGCCAGACAAGCCUUGCAACAACAACAGCAACACGGAGGAGAGGAUAUGGACGAUUUUUAAGAUAAAAGUAAAAAUAUUUCUUUAUUUUUCUCCUUAUUCUUGUUUUAUAUAAAAUAAUUUGUAAAUAUUUCGAUUAGAAGAGUUUAGAUUUGAUAUUAAAUUAAGAAGUAUUCGAAAUUAGAUGUUUAAAAGGUGAAUUUGUUCAAAAAUAUGGACAAUAAGAGUGUUAAUUUGAAAAAAAUUUAUUUUCACAUAUAUUGUUAUUUUUUUCUAAAUAAAUAAUAAUUAUCCACA